CACAUGGACUCGGCCAUCUCCCACCACAACAAGCUGCAGACUGCUCACACCUCUCAGGACAACGACCCCAAACACACAGCCAAAGUCAUUAGGAACUAUCUUCAGUGUAAAGAAGAACAAGAAGUACUGGAAGUGAUGGUACGGCCCCCACAGAGCUCUGAUCUUAACAUCAUCGAAUGUGUCUGGGAUUACAUGAAGAGACAGAAGGGGUUGAGGAAGCCUGUAUCCACAGAAAAUCUGUGUUUAAGGACCCGCUGCCUUGAUCUUCUGGGCUUCCAGCAGUUUAUGGAAGACAGUGAAAUGACCUCUGACCUGAUGGACGAGGGAAAGGAGCUGAACCGCCAGGAAAGUCAUCUGCUGGGAGAAGAAACAACAGUGAAACGGGAAGUACAAAGAAGCUGCUCAUCACUGGAUAUUCUGCUUAAGAUUGAAGAUUGAACAUCUGCCUCCCAGCAGGUCAGUAAAACCGAGACAGCUCUUCAGAAUCGGCGACAACAUCUCCAGCACCAUCAGACUGAGAACAGGAGCUCCUCGAGGCUGUGUUCUCACCCCACUGUUGUUCGCUGUCCUGACACUGCACUGCUCUACACAGCUCCAACCACAUCAUCAGGUUCGCUCAUCAGCAACGACGACGAGUCGGCGUACAGAGAUGAGUUUGAGCAGCUGGCGUUCUGGUGCAGCGAGACCACCAACACCACCUCCAUCACCAAAAUAGCCUAGCAGCGCCUCCACUUCCUGAGACGCCUGAAGCGGGCCAGCCUUCCUCUUCCCAUCCUCACCGUGUUCUACAGGAGCACCAUAGAGAGUGUUCUGAC